CAUGCCUCGUAAGCGGUCUGUAUCGAAGCUGGUCUUCUCGGUUUAUAAGGUCUCGCGAACGUCGUGUUCAAUUAAAAUAUAACUAAUUUUUUUAAAUCAUUUUAAAUUAAUCAAAUUUAAAGAAUUUAUAUCUAACUGACAGUUCAAGUGUCAUACAUAGUUGUCAUUAUGAGUAACCAAAAGACGGUGCCAAAUGCAGUGAAUUUUCUCAUAGGAGGGACUGCAGGAAUGGCUGCAACAUGUUUUGUUCAACCAAUAGAUUUAAUAAAAAAUCGUAUGCAAUUAAGUGGUACAAAAACUUCAACAAUGAAAAUAGUAUCUUCAAUAAUAGAAAAGGAAGGUUUCCUAGCUUUCUAUGCGGGUUUGUCUGCUGGGUUAUUACGCCAAAGUACAUAUACGACUACAAGACUUGGUGUAAAUUCGUGGCUGUCUGAAGUUGCCUCAAAGGAUAGUCAUCCCAGCUUUCUUCUAAAAGCAUUGAUAGGUAGUACUGCAGGUUGUAUAGGAGCAUUUGUGGGUACUCCUGCUGAAGUUGUUUUAAUUAGAAUGACUGCUGAUGGCAGACUACCUUUUGAGAGACGCAAUUAUAAGAAUGUAUUUAAUGCACUGGUUCGUAUAAUCAAAGAAGAAGGUAUUUUAGUAUUAUGGAGAGGUACUGUACCAACAAUGGGAAGAGCUAUGGUUGUAAAUGCAGCUCAAUUGGCAUCCUAUUCUCAAACUAAAGAAAUUUUAAUCAAUACUGGGUAUUUCAAAGACAAUACUCCAUUGUAUUUUGUGAGCUCUAUGAUUUCUGGUUUAGUAACGACUGCUGCUUCUAUGCCAGUUGAUAUUGCUAAAACAAGAAUACAAAAUAUGAAAAUCGUGGAUGGUAAGCCUGAAUUUAAAGGUGCAAUAGAUGUCAUAGUUCGAGUUUGUCGAAACGAGGGAUUGUUCUCAUUGUGGAAAGGUUUCUUUCCUUAUUAUGCUCGUUUAGGUCCACAUACUGUUUUAACAUUUAUUUUCUUAGAACAAAUGAACACAAUGUAUAAAACAUAUUUUGCAUAACUAUAAAUAACACUUCAGUUUGGUAUAUACAUAUAUGUAUAGUAAACCAGCAUCUCCAAAAAUAUUCCAAACAAUUACUUCAUCAUUCUUAGUUAAUGCCUUGUUUUAUAACAAGUUCUUUGAAAACAUAUAUU